ACCGAGACGCCGACCUGACCCGACCCCGACCCCACCCCCCACCAUCAGCCUCUCCUCCCCCGCCGCCGCCACCACCGGCGACCACCGGAGCCCGAGAAGAAAACCGCGAGCGCCCCGCGAAUCGAAGCGGAGGAGAUGGUGGGCGCCUCGACGUCGUCGGUGGUGAACGUGUACCCGCUCGCCAACUACACGUUCGGCACCAAGGAGCCCAAGAUGGAGAAGGACACCUCCGUCGCCGACCGCCUUGCCCGCAUGAAGGUCAACUACAUGAAAGAAGGAAUGCGGACAAGUGUUGAAGCAAUCCUGCUGGUGCAAGAGCACAAUCACCCCCACAUACUGUUAUUGCAAAUUGGGAACACAUUUUGCAAACUUCCUGGUGGACGUUUGAAGCCUGGGGAAAAUGAAAUUGAGGGCCUGAAAAGAAAGUUGUGCAGCAAACUUGCAGUGAACUCACCUUCCUUUCCACCUAACUGGCAGGUUGGUGAGUGUGUUGCUGUUUGGUGGAGGCCAAACUUUGAAACCGUGAUGUAUCCUUAUUGCCCUCCACAUAUAACCAAGCCCAAGGAAUGCAAGAAGCUUUUCAUUGUUCAUCUAACUGAAAGAGAGUAUUUCGCUGUUCCAAGGAACUUGAAGCUACUUGCUGUUCCACUGUUUGAACUCUAUGACAAUGUUCAGCGGUAUGGACCUGUAAUUUCCACCAUCCCGCAGCAGCUGUCUAGGUUCCAAUUCAACAUGGUGAGCUCAUAAGGGUGAUGAGAUAGUGUUCCCAAGGCCUCUUUCGGCAGCCCACUCCGAGCGUCUCUUCGACAUCAAACUGGCUAAUCAACUUAGCAUGACUUGUUUUCUCAGUAACCAUGUUUCCAUGAAUUAUGCGGCAUUCGCACUAUUAGUCUAAAAACUAGACAUGUACCUAUGUUUGUUCUUUUCAUUUUGCGAUUCCGUUAGUACAUCUCAACUGUGUUGUAUGUGUGGUGUAUUUUGUGGUUGUUGUUCCGUGUUCUAAUUUAUUUGUGUAUAUGUACCAAUGUAUGUAUUUAUAAUUUGCAUGAUCUGCUGUAGUAACUUGUCAGACUCGCUUUCUAUUGUCCGCCGAUGAAUUGGGAAUGUUUUGUAAGGAGCUACCCCUUCAAAUUACAAGCUUCCUUAUUAUUUUCGGCAGUGUACCAUAAUCUUUUAAGCUUUUCGGUAUUGUAAGCC